ACCUUUUUUUUUCUAGUAUGCCUCACUCGGUUCACCGAAAUUUAGCUGUGAUUACAUUCACAUUCGAUCCGAGUCGCACACCUGCCUUACGGUGGGUGAAUCUGUUAAUAUUUUGAAUGCAUUUUGUAACAACAAAGAGUUAUUAACUUCAUAAAUUACCAAAAAAAAAAAAAAAACAGCAAAGCACAGCCAAUCACCAAGCUUCGUCGUAUCACAAUCUCUCAUUCCAUUGGUCAAUAUUUUCCACGUCAUCAUCCUAGAACAUUCUACCCUGAAAAAAUUCUAGAAUUUUAUCCCCUUGUAAUAUUAUUAUUUAUUUAACGAUCAAUUCCCUAAAACAAUACAAAAACAAACAUAAUUUUCUUUUGUUAAUAUAUAUAGUAUAAAAUUACAAUACGAAUUCUUGAUUUUCUGCAACUUUAAUGGCGUCCAAAUUCUUGUUUAUAGCUUCAGCUCUAAUUGUAUUAAUGGCGGUUUUACCCACUUCUUCCGCUCUCGUUUCAUCUCCCAAUGUUAAUCCCCCGUAUCCUAAAGCUAUUUCUGAUUUGAAAGAGGCUGUAGUGAAGGGAUUAGGGUUUCAAGCAGAUGAUUUCAGGAUAUCAGGAUUUGAUCUGAGGGAUACAUUAGUGGGGCAUUCGGUGGCAUAUGAAUUUGAUGUCGAAAUUGACAAUAAGGUGCUUCCAGUGAAGCUUUUGGAGGAUGUGAAUCGAUGGGAAUUCGUCGAUUUGCCCAUUUUCCGGGUUGAGAAGCCUGUUAGACCCGGGGAGGAGAAUGGAUUGAUUGAGAAGAAGAAGACGGAGGAAAAUACGAGUCCGGUUUUGGCACCCUUUCAGCUUGCAGGUCCUAUGGAGCUGUGGAUUCAGGAUGCCAAACACAUGAGGCUUUCAUUGCCUCAUGAUGUGGAUGCUGGUGUAUUGCGGAAAGUAAUUCUUGCAGAGGGUGCUGUGGUAACAGUCAAGGGUGCAAAAUCAGUGAGCUUGCGCCAGCCUCUUGAUCUACCACUACCCCUGAACCAAACUGAAAAUGGUUUUGCCUCUGGUCUCUUAAAUCUAGCACAGCAUCUUCACCCUGUUUCUGGUGCCAAAAAUGCUCCCCUGCUCUCUCUUCGUGUUGUGGGCCCUACCUCCAUUACAUCCUCUUCUCCUUCCUCACCUUCAUCUUCCAACCGCUUGAAGCUGAAACGCCUUGCGCCUGGCCUAGUUGAAUUGUCUCAACCUUCAAAGAUCAAGCCCAUUGAAAUGGCCACUGCCAUUGACCUCCCUAGUGAAGUUCCUACUCUUAUAACACCUGACCAGUUUACCACAUUGUGGCCCAUGACCUCUUUGAAUGGUUCACAUUCGAAUUUGCUUGGUCUUGAAAAACUGCUAUCUUCUGUGUUGGGUCCCAAAGCCAACAAAGAAGGUUCUUUCAGGCUAUUGAAGGCCGAUGUUUCUGCUCAGACAUACUUGAAGAUUGGGUUUAGGGUUGAGAAACAGCUCCAAGAAGGAGAUGGGAUUAAGCUGGAGGGCUUCCCUGAAUGGAGGACCAAGCCUGAGAAGGUGAAGCUGCAUUUCGAAGCCCUUGCUAAGGUUGAUGGGGAUAAAAUCAUUCCCGAAAAAGUUACUCAAGUUCACCCUGUUCUUUUGGAGGAUACAGUAGCUCCUAGUGUGUUGCAGGGCAAUGUAACUAUGUCCAAAAUGCCAGUAAUGUAUCAACCAUCAAACCCUUUUACCAUCUAAUGUAUACAACUCCUCUCAAGUAUAAAUAUACGUCAAUUAGCUGUAGAUAUGAGAUUUUGCGUUCUCCUGUUGGGUCCAUCGAUGUUGUGUAGUUCAACUUGUAAAAUUUUGAUAUACAAAGUACUGCCGUACUGGAAGUUAUAUUGCUAGUCCCCCCCCCCCCCUUUUUUUUUUCCCAGAGUUUAGACUUUUCCUCGUUUAGUGUUAUUGAUAAUUGCUUGAUUUGCUUCUUUGGUGAGGA